UCCGGCAGAUGGGUCCGGCGGGGCGAUCCUGCCCGCUUCCUGCCCGCCGCCGCUUCCUGCCGGCCUCCUCCUCGCCGUGCUCCCCGCGGCCCAGCGCUGAGUACCGAAGCCCGGUUUCUCACCCCGUGUUCCCACUCGAAGUGUGGAGGACGCACGGUGACUUCCCCAGGCCUUGCUUUGCCCCAGUAGUGCUGCACAGCAGCGGAGGUUUUUCUGUUGGAAUGACAAUUGUAGGUUUCUUUGGUAGGGAAAUCUGUUGUGUUGGUACUUGGAUGCUUUCAAGCCAGUUAUAAAAUAAAACUAAACGAACUGGAAUUCGGAAGGAUGGGGAGCAUCGGGUGUCUGUGACAGUCUUCCAUUGCAAAAACCCAAACCAGCGAUGCUCUCAGCAGCAGCACACAAACAGCAGUGUGACACUGCCCUGCUGAGCUCCUGGGGCACAGCUCGUGCUGCUGGCUUUGACCAGACCGGCCUCCGUGUGCUGCUCCAUCGCUGUGCUCCAGCGCCAGGGGCACGGAGUUGCUUCCUGUUCACUGUUCCUGCACUGUAGUAGAACAGCCAAGUAUGGAGGUGCAAACUGGGGACUCAAAUCUGUGCAGAGCAGGGCCUGUGAAAUUCACCUUACCAAAAUGCUUAUUUCUGUACACAAACAUGCUUGUAAAACAUUUGACUUCCUCAUUCUCUAAAUUGUGACCAACAUUUGGAUCUACAGAAGUGUAAAUGUGCUGUAGUGACAGCUCUGUUCCGAAGGAACCUGGGGUUGCAGCAGAGCAGUGUGGCAGUGCCCUUGGAACUGCACGGUGGUGCCCCUGGGAGCUCCCAGUGGCUCUGGGAGCUGUGCUGUGCUGCUCCUCGGGUCGUGCCCUGAAUCACUGCCACGCGCACCAGCUGAAUUCGUCCCGUGCCUUCGUCAUUUUUGAGGUAGAAAGGAAGUAGAUAGUAAUCUGUGGUUAAAGACUAAUGGAGAUAAUUGCACAGUUAUCAUCACCAGUGCCAGCAACACCUCUCCUGUGGGGUGUUUGGAGGACAACGUCAGUGCCACCUGCAGCAAGUGCACCGCUGGGUACCGGUGUCUGCUCUCACACCAGGCAGAGACCCACAAGAGACAGCACCCAACACCAUGCAGAGCUGCUCUGCAUGCUGGGGCUUGGAGGGCUCUGGACAGCACAGUGGGUGGCAGGGAACCAUGGUGAGGUGGGUCCUGGGGGAGCUCUCACAGUGACACCACCGUGCUGAGAUGUGGGGCACAGGGACUUCAGCGGAUAGGGGCGGUUCACAGGGAAAUAGCUCCAGAAUUGAGUCAUAGCCACGAGGAGUGGAAGAAACCUGUACUUCGAGCUCAUUUCUUGCAGUAAGCCUUCUUCCCACGCAGGUUUGGUGGCAUGCAGGCCCUGCACCUUCCCACUGCUGAGCACAUGGCCCCCGUGCUGCCCAUGUGUGGCUUUUGCCACCAUUUGGAUGAAGCUUUCUGGAGCAGGAGCUUUGCCUUCUGAGUUUUCAGAGUGGUGUGCACUUGCAGUGGUAGAGAUGUUAUUUGUGCAGGGCAAAGAGACACAAACAUGGUGGCACACUGAAUUCUUUGUUCACUCUCAGUACAAGCCCAGGACAGGGGCUGGCAGCGUGGAGCUGAGCUGCAGUGCCUGCCUUGGGCAGCUCUCCUCCACGUAGCACUGUAGUGCUCUGCGUUCUGUCUGACAGGAGACAUUUAUUCCCUCUGGUUUUAAAGUACACUGAUAUUCAACCCUGCAUAAGUGGAGCUGAGCUCCUCCAGGGCGAUGGAGGGAGGGUUAUCCCCUCCCUGCAGCUCCUUCACAAGCUCGUGGAACUGGGAAAGUGCCCCCGGGGGUGAACGAAGCUCUUUGACGUCACGAGCGCCCAUUAAGAGUUUAUGGGCCGAGAAGCGGAGCAAAGGGAACCUCGAGGAGGGCUGACCGCAGUCCGGUGUUCCGGCGUCUCCUCCCGUCCCGCUGCUGCUGGUGUCCCACGGUGCACGCAGGACGUGGGAGGUGCCCGGGGCCGCCUCUCUCUUAAAUCCCGGCGCUGCGCCGGGCGGGCAGGGUGGUGGCAGCAUGAGGGCGGGCGGUUGGCUCCUGCUCGGGCUGCUGGCCCUCGGCGCCCCGCUGCACGCCGCGCCCGCUGCAGGAAGGUGUAGCCCAGGGCUGCACGGAGCAGCAACCAUACUCCCUGUGACCCAGCCGCCGGUGGCGGUGCCAGCAGACACCCGGUGCUGUCAGCACCACGGCGCCCAGAGCCCAUCUGUGCAGCAGCAGCCGGGGGCAGAGCAGGGCAGUGCAGAGCAGCACCUGCAUGAGGAGCGGCCGGCGGUGAAACCUGAGCCUGAGAGUGGAGAAGGGAGCAGGGAGAAGCCAACAGCGGGCAGCACACCUACAGCGAGGGAAAAGCAAGAGAUCACAAAGAAACCCAGCGUGGGGAAGAAGCCAGGGUGUGAGGGGAAGGGUGGGGCGGGGGAAAAACCAAAGAUAACGCCAGGAGCAAUGGCAAAACCGGGGAGUGGAGGUGGGGGGAAAUUGGAGAGUGGAGGGAAAACUGAGAGUGGGAAAAAGCCAGGGACUGGAGGAAAGCCAGAGAGUGCAGAGAAACCCGUGCUGGGGGAGAAGCCGGAGGUGGGGGGAAAACCAGAGGCUGGGGGGAAGCAGGAGAGUGGGGAGAAACCCGAGUCGGGAGAGAAACCGAAGUCCGAACAUGGAGACGGUGAGGAGGGUGAUGACAGUGAUGACGACGAUGAUGACGAUGACAGUGAUGACGAUGUUGAUGAGAAAAAAAGGGAUGAGGAUGAGGAGGACGAUGACCAUGAUUAUUACUAUGGCUACAAUGAUGACGAGGGCUAUGAUGAUGACAAUAAUGGUGGUGGUAAUGAUGGCAGUGAUGACUAUGGUGGAAAUGAUGAGAAUGACUAUGGAGAUGACGAUGGAUACGGUGACAGUGAUGACUGAAGAUUACAGUGGUGAAGAUGGCAGCAAUGCUGGCAGCAGUUGCCCCAGUGAUGCUCGGUGACCAGCACUGCAGGGUGUGUGCAGGGCACAAGGUGUGAGGACAGCCCAGGGCAGGUGGGCACACGGAGCUGCCCCCAACCUCCCUUCACCUCAUUCUGCCAGGGCCAGUCCUGAACACCAGCACUGUUUUGGGCAGGACCUUCUAUUUCCUAAUAAAUCCCAAAGU